ACAUUCCAGAAUAGCUGUUUAACAGUUAUAUCUGUUGGUGGUGGUCAUCGCAGACGGAAUGGGAGAAAUAUUGCAAAUUCAAGUAGGUCGUUGUGGCAAUCGGAUCGGAGACAACUUUUGGAAAACCAUAUCAAACGAACAUGGACUUGACGAGCAAGGAAAAUUUGUCGGUUAUUCCAGCGAUGAGCAGUUGGAGCGCAUACAUGUGUACUACGAUGAAUCCAAAGGUGGAGUGUACGUACCUCGCGCGGUGCUCGUGGACUGGGAUUCGACGUUGUUAAACACGAUUGGCGGGCGACACUGUGACGGUAACGCGUACAGAAAGGAAAACUUUGUGGGCGGCCAUGGCGGAACCGGAAGCAACUGGGCAAAGGGCUAUUACGGCGGUGGUGAGAUGUCCACACGCGUAGCGGAAGCUGUCCGGUCGGAAGUCGAACGGUGCGACCGGCUCCAAGGGUUCCAGCUGGUGCACUCAUUGGGCGGCGGCACUGGUUCCGGUCUGGGCGGGCGCGUGCUGAACAACGUCCGCGUGUCGUACCCAAACCGGGCGACUCACACGUACAGCGUGGCGCCGUGGACGGCCGUGUCGGACGAGCCCGCCGAGUCGUACAACGCGUUGCUGUCCGCGGCCAGGCUGGUCGGUGGCGCGCACGCGACGUAUCUAGCAGACAACCGGGCGCUGUUCGACGCGUGCUGCGCCGGUACCUCCGGCGCCGCGGCCCCGGCGUACGCCGAUCUCAACCACCUGGUGUCGCAGAUCAUGUCUGGCGUGACGACCGGGCUCCGGUUCGCCGGCCGGCUGAACGCCGACAUGAAAAAGUGCACCGCCAACCUAGUGCCGUAUCCGAGACUGCACUUUUUCGUGCCGGGAUUCGCGCCCAUCACGUUCCGCGGGCAAACGGACGCGUGCGCAUACACGGUCCCCGAGCUGGCCACGCAGCUGUUCAGGGCGGUGAGACUGCAGCGGCGUUGCACCGGUGCGGCCGUCGUAAUGGCCGCCGUCAUGACGUUUCGGAGCAGAAGUGUAGUGAACGACCCUCGCGGUGACCACGUACCACUGCAGCCGGCCACGGGACCGAUUACAACGGCCCCAAAACGUCGUUGGCUACCGGACAACCUUAAGACCGCCAGUUACGGKGUACCGUCUCACGGGCUCAAGAACAGCGGUACGGUGGUGGCCAACACGACGGCGGUGCGGGACGUGUUCGAACGGUUCUGCCGGCGGUCCGCGUCCAUGUUGGCCAAGCGGGAGCUGUUGCACCUGUACGUGGAAGAGGGCAUGGGCUCUGACGAAUUCCGAGUGGCACUCGAACAGAUCGAAUCGCUUACGGCGGAAUACUUGACGAUCGAGCGGGACAACUGCAGUAACGGCGACGAUGACGACGGCGGCGGCGGCCACGAGGACGGCAGUCAAUCGCUUAGAAGUAUGGACUGCACGGCCACAGCAUGAUCGACGGUUGUUGGACGCAAGCCAAGAUGUAGUGUUUGAAAAUUACAGACAUUUUUUAGAUACCAAAAAUAAUAUACGAGCCUAUUCGUUUAUAGUAUAGUACCUACAGGGGUGGCAAACCCAACGGCACUUGUGCCAAAAAUGGCACAUUAAUUGUCAGAUUUCAAUGGCACGCGAGAAAUUAAAACCGUGAAAAAUAACGCAAUUCAUAAAA